CUCUCUCUCUCUCUCUCUCUCUCUCUCUCUUCCCUGGUUCAAUUCCCUCUCUGCACUCAGGAAAAAAAAAAAGGAAAGGAAAAAGUUCAAAGCUUGUCCGACAAUGAAGAAGUCGGGAUUGUUUGCAGUCUCUGCGGCUGCUGCUUCUGCCACUGUCAUCUCUUCUUCUUCUUCUUUGAACUUCUCGUGCACUUCCAAGCUUCAGUUUUCAAACCAGGAACGUGUCUCGAGCACCGAACAAGCUGCUGCUUCUUCGCAAAACUCGGGCUCAGCAGAUAAGUUUGCGCCGAGGUUCGACGGCCUGCGCUUCAUCGAAACGCUGGUUACCGCUCACAGAUGACUCCCAUUAGGUUCACAUCCUUCGACUUUCAUCUGUAGAUAAUUUACCCGAAUUCUUGCAGGGUGGCAACACUGAAAUUGCAGCUUUUAAUUGCGUUUCUCAUUUCGAAAGAGAAGGAAAGCUGUAGUUCUUAGUUUUAUUUGGCCUAUUGGGUGUUGAAGUAUUUUUCUUGUAAGGACAACUUGUUAAUGGUAUGAUUCCAAGUUUUCAUUGUCAAGAGCUCAUGAU